GUUCCCGAACUCAAAACUAAUUCAUUUCCUGUUUUGAAACAUUGUGAGAUCAAAUGUCCGAACCAAAACAUAAUCCAACAGAGACUCCCUCAGGAAAAGGUGUUAAAGCACCUAAUGUGUUUGAGAGAGCUAAGGAAGAAAUUCAAGCACUAGUUCACCACGACGAUGGUGAAAAGCCACACCAUCACAGAGAAACGCAUGGAAGGAGCGACGAUAUCGACGAGAACACCGCCGUCGAUGAAGUUAAAGCCCCUAAUGUGUUUGAAAGAGUGAAGGAAGAAGUGGAGGCCAUUGUUGGAGCAAUUCAUCCCAAGAAGGAAUCUAAGGAUCAUAGUCAUCUUCAUCGAUACACGAGGUGUGUUUAGUGUUCGACUUCGAGGGUCGUAUCGAAUUAAGUUAGAUUUAUAAUCUCUGUAUGAUGUUCCAUUGCCUUUAAUUUACUCGUUCGAAUGAGAUGAUAUGAGAUAUUCCUUUGUUUGCAUUGCGGAAUCUGAUUGUUGUGCUUGACAAUCACUCGAUUGUGUCCCCUUGGAAAUGCUUUAUCUUGGUGUU